UGAAGCGCCAGGGCUGCCCUGUGGGGAGACUCGUGGGUUGCGAUAGACACAGAGUUCUGGAGCUGUUACUGACAGUUUAUAGAGAGUCCGCAGACUCUUACUGACAGGUUUCCGACACAGCUGCGACUGUACAGAGGCCGGGUGCAUCACUGCAGAUGGGAGGGGAGCAGUAACGCGGAGCCAUGCCGAAGGCGAAGCCGAGCGGGAGGAGCGGCAGCGCGCAGCCCACCGUCAGCCGCUUCUUCACUGGGCCGCUUUUUCACUGCAACUCCGCGGCUCGCCGGGCUCCUCAGGGCCGCACACACAAGAUCCAGGGACAGAGGAAGACGACAACGCCAUGUGAGGAUGAAGUAGAAUCCCAGAAAAAGCGAGUAAAGCUGAUCCAUCACGGAGAGGAUGAUGAUGCCAACUGUGCAUUUGUCCGUCCUGAGAAAGUUAAAGAUGAUCAGUCAGCUAGCUCAAGAAUCAGUCUCUCGUCCUCCACCCUGGAGCGACUCUGGAGCUUCAGUUGCCAUAAGGAUCAAGAGAACAACAGGGAUCAUGGAACCUCCGAAGUUGUGGGUACGGCUGGCGAGAGCCAUACAACAGGACAUGGGGAUGGAACGAUGGACGGGGGCAAAUUGGAGCAAGAGGAAAAGGAACAAAGUCCCAGCGUCUCAGUUAAACAGCAGGGAUUGACCUUGAGUCAGUUUGCCAAGGCAGUCAGUGGUGGCUCUGGGGCUGGUAAUUCCCAAGAAAGCUCCAGUGAGACCAGUGCCACCAACAGGAGAACCAAAAGCAUCUAUACCCCUCUGGAGCAGCAGUUCCUAGAGAUCAAGGCACAGUACAAAGACGUCCUGUUGUGUGUGGAGUGUGGCUACAAGUAUAGGUUCUUUGGGCAAGAUGCAGAGAUUGCAGCAAAGGAGCUCAACAUCUUUUGCCACAUUGAUCAUAACUUCAUGACCGCCAGCAUCCCAGCCCACCGCCUCUUUGUCCACGUUCGGCGUCUGGUCUCCCAGGGUUACAAGGUGGGUGUGGUAAAGCAGACGGAGACAUCAGCGCUGAAGGCUGUCGGAGCUAACAAGAGCUCUCUCUUCACGCGACAGCUCACGGCGCUCUACACCAAGUCCACCUUGGUCGGGGAGGACAUGAACCCCUUAUUGAAGCUCGGAGAGCUGGAAGACGCGGAAGACGUGGUGGUGGAUGCACCUAAUAGCUAUCUGAUGUGCCUGAGCGAAAGCUUCAACAAGAAGACCAAGGAGCUCACCUUGGGUAUUGUGGCGGUGCAGCCCAGCACAGGGGACGUGAUGCUCGACUGUUUCCAGGAUGGUCCCACCCGUUCAGAGCUGGAAGCUCGCGUGCUGCGGGUCCAGCCUGUGGAGGUUCUGGUCCCAUCGGACGUCUCCCUGGAGACGGAGCGCUUGCUCCGGAGCAUUGCUUCGGCCAGCAUCCAGACAGGUGACAGAAUCCGCACCGAGAAACGCGACUGCUCCCAGUUUGACUUCCCAAACGCUCUGAAGACUGUCACAGACUUUUACUCGGGCCCGUCUGCUGGGACAGAUCCAGGAUCCCAGUCACUCUCCAGUCUGAUGAGCAUGGACUCUGCGGUGAUCUGCUGCCUUGGCCCAGUGAUCCAGUACCUGACAGAGUUUAACCUGGAAAGGGUCUUGCUCUGCACAAGCUCCUUCAGGAGACUUUCCUGUGAGGAAGAAGGCGUGAUGCUCAGCGCCACCACCAUGAGGAACCUGGAGAUCCUCUGCAACCAGACCGAUGGGACGGUCAAGGGGAGUCUGUUGUGGGUCCUGGACCAUACCCAGACCCCUUUUGGGAAAAGGCUGAUGAAGAAGUGGGUAACGCAGCCACUGAAGUGUGCCACGGACAUCCAGGCACGACAGGAUGCAGUGGCUGAGGUCCUCUCUUCUGAAUCGAGUGCCCUCCCCUCUGUCCGUGCUCUGCUGAGGCGGUUGCCUGACCUGGAGAGGGGAAUCUGCAGCAUUUAUCACAAAAAGUGCUCCACACAGGAGUUCUACCUCAUCAUCAGCACUCUCUCCCGACUGGGGACGGAGCUCCAGGCCCUCGUUCCAGUGGUCCAGUCCCAGCUGAGCAGCGCUCUCCUGAAAGACCUCCUCCUGGCUCUGCCCACACUGCUUGCUCCUUCCCAGAGCUUUGUGCACUUGCUGAAUGAGAAUGCUGCCAAGGCAGGUGACAAAACGCAGCUGUUUUCGGACCUAACGGAGUUCCCCGUCAUACGGGAGAGGAAAGAUGAGAUUGAAGCAGUUCUGUCUCAGAUCCUGGAGCACCGUCGUGAGGUGCGACUGAUUCUGAAGAACCCUUCCCUGGACUACGUAACUGUGUCUGGUCAAGAGUUUCUCAUCGAAGUGAAGAACUCCAUGGUGUCUUCGGUUCCAGGGGACUGGGUGAAGAUCAGCAGCACAAAGGCAGUAAGCCGCUUCCACACGCCCUAUAUCGCAGAGAGACACAAACGCUUGCUGCAGCUACGGGAGCAGCUGGUAAUUGACUGCAACCGCGAAUGGAUCAGCUUCCUUCAUCAGUUUGGUGAAUACUACCACGUGAUGAGAAAAGCUGUUUGUCACCUGGCAACGCUGGACUGCUUCUUCUCAUUGGCUGAUGUUGCAAGGCAAGGCAAUUACUGCAGGCCGGUGGUGUUGGAUGGGGAGAGGCAGAUUGUGAUCAAGGAAGGAAGGCACCCUGUCAUUGAUGUUCUGAUGGGAGAGCAGGACCAGUAUGUUCCCAAUGACACAAGUCUACAAGGAAAUGGCAGGAGGGUCAUGAUCAUCACUGGGCCCAACAUGGGGGGUAAGAGCUCUUACAUCCGUCAAGUGGCCCUCAUCACGAUCAUGGCCCAAAUGGGCUCCAUGGUACCGGCACAAGAAGCGAGAGUCGGCAUUGUGGACGCCAUCUACACCAGGAUGGGUGCAUCAGACAACAUAGCCAGAGGCAGGAGCACAUUCAUGGAGGAGCUGCUAGAGGCUUCGGAGAUCAUGUGUCGGGCAACGUCACAGUCCCUGGUCAUCAUGGACGAGUUGGGCCGUGGAACCAGCACCCACGAUGGCAUCGCCAUUGCCUACGCCGCCCUUGAGUUUUUCAUUAGAGAUGUGAAGUCCCUGACUCUCUUCGUUACCCACUACCCCCCGCUGUGUGAACUCGAGAGCCUCUUCCCGCAGCACGUGGGCAAUUACCACAUGGCCUUUCUGCUGAAUGAGCCAGACAGACACACUGACCUUGAGGAGGUGUCGCCUGAGUUCAUCACUUUUCUGUACCAAUUAACUGAGGGAGCAGCCGCCAGAAGCUAUGGAUUGAAUGUUGCCAGGCUGGCAGAGAUCCCAGAGCCCAUUCUCAGAACUGCUGCACUCAAGUCCAAAGAGCUGGAGGCUGUGGUCAACACCAGAAAAAGGAACAACAAGAAAGUGUUCUCUGAAGCCUGGGAUAUUAAAGAUAAAAAGACAUUAAUGGAUUGGAUACAGAUCAAUUCGUGACCCCUGUGUCACUGCUCAGGUAUCUCAGUGUUUUAGUUAAAACAAAGCGAUUUCUAGAUGAGUGAGCUCUCCCUGUUAUACAAGUGAACAAGCAAGUGAUGUUUGAUAUUUAUGGUAGUUUACUCAUUGUAGAGUAAGCUUUCCUCUAUCACAUUCAACUUUGAUCUAGGAAAUUUUUAAAAAUACAUUUCACAAUAUGAUUAGGGAUAUUUUGAAGAUGAUGCUGUGGUUCAGAAAGACACUACCUGUGAAUUAAAAAAAAAAAAAUGAACAAGUACUUUAUAGUUCCUGGAUAUGAGCUAGAAGCUCCUUCAUUCAAAGGAUUUGUCAUUUUAAAUCAGAAUCAAGUUUGUUAAAUUUCUAUU